AUGCCGCCCGUCCCUGCAGCGCACAGAGCACAAGAACCUUCUACAUGGCAAAAAUGUACAAUGGGCGCGAUGAUGGGUGGAGGCGUCGGUCUGACCAUCGGCUUCAUCUUUGGGUCCUAUAGCAUCCUUCGAAAUGGCACCGGUCCUCGAGGAUUCCUGGCUACCCUCUCGCAAUAUAUGCUCAGCAGCGCCGCUACUUUCUCUUUCUUCCUUGCUAUCGGUUCUGUCAUCCGUAACGACGCCAUGCUACCGCCACACAUGGAAGCCGCCCGUCUACAACUCCUUCCGCCUCUUGUACGCUCCAAGGCUGAGGGUGCCAUGCUGGUACGCGCACGCUGGGACGCAGAAAAGGCGCGAAGAACAGCUGCGUAG